AGAUUUUUCCCACUCAUCCGCUACUAUAAAUACUGUAAAACCCCCUCAAACCCUCUUCCUCUCUCAUUAGCCACUCUCUGCUUUCGCUGCUCCCAAAACCCUAACGCGCUUCUUUCUCUCUUUCUAUUCUUCCAAUGGAGUUUUGGGGUGCUGAGGUUAAGGUUGGGGAGUCUGUUAAGGUAGACCCAGCCGAAUUUGAAGCAUGCAUUCACCUUUCUCAGGCUGCUCUUGGUGAGGCAAAGAAAGACAAACCAAAUGAACCUGUUGUUAUCUAUGUGAAAGUUGGGGAGCAGAAAUUUGUGUUGGGAACCCUUUCCAGGGAUAAAAUUCCUCAGAUAUCUCUGGAACUGGUUCUGGAAAAGGAGUUUGAGCUUUCCCACAAUUCAAAACAUGCCAGUGUUCAUUUCUGUGGAUACAAGGCUUAUUACUCGGGCGAUGAUAGCGAGGAUGAAUUUACUGAUAGUGAUGAGGAUCUUCCAUUGGUGAAUGCGGAGAAUGGAAAACCUGAAAAAAAGGCUGAAGACUUGAAGGUACCUGAAUCCAAAAAACCUGAGGCCAAGGUUGCUGCAUCAGCAAAACAAGUCAAGGUUGUUGAUCCUAAGAAAGACGAUGAGGAGGAUUCUGAUGAUGAUUCAGAUGAAGAUGGUGAUUUUGAUAGUUCUGACGAAGAGAUGGGGGAUGCUGAUGGUGAUAGUGAUGAAGAAAGUGAUAGUGAUGAAGAUGAUGAUGAAGAGACACCUAAGAAGGUUGAUCUGGGGAAGAAGAGACCCAAUGAGUCUGCAUCAAAAACUCCUGUUUCCAAGAAAGCUAAAAAUGCAACUCCUGAGAAGACUGAUGGCAAGAAAGGUGGACAUCAAGCAACUCCACACCCCGUGAAGAAAGGGGGAAAGACUCCCAACAGUGGAGCUAAGGACAAGUCUCCCAAGUCUGGUGGUCUCUCUUGCAAAAGCUGUAGCAAGACUUUCACCUCUGAAAGUGGUCUGCAACAACAUAGCAAGGCAAAGCAUGGUGGUCAGUGAUGUUUUUGCAGUUGGAUGACUGAUUCAUGUAAUAUUUGAUGGUUUAUUAUGUAGUAGAAGAGUGAGUAUCUUAAGGACGUUAGGCAUCUGUCCUUGUUUUUGGCCUGGUAAACCGUGGUACCGUGUUCGCAAGUUUUGUUUCAUCUUUAAUGGCUACUUUAAUUAUUGCCUAAAAUUAUUGCGUUUAGAUCUUCUGCCACUUUUUUUCCCCCUAGUUUUAAAUUUAUGCCAGCGAUGGAAUACGGGUUACUGAUUUA